AUGGUUUGCUUACUGCUGGUGGAACUGUGUGAAAAAUUUACUUUCUACGGCAUCGUCUGCAACAUGCUUCUUUUCUGCACCAUCAAGCUUGGUUAUCACAAUUACGAAGCCGCCAUGCUCAAUGUUUGCUUUGCUGGGGCGUGCACGGUGGCCCCAGUGCUGAUGGGCUGGCUUGCUGAGCACCCAGUGGGACGGAUCAGGCUGGUGUGCCUGUGCGCCUUGCUGCAUUUUAUCGGUACGGCCCUACUACCUGUGGUGGCCUUCCCUUUUGAGGAUUUUUUCAUAGAUAAGCACUACGUCCUUCACACUUUGGCUAAAAAGAAGCAGGAAGCCCUCUUCUACAUUGCGUUGUUGGCCACCUGCCUUGGCUCUGGAGGAAUAAGAGCCAUUGUGUGCCCUUUAAGUGUUUAUAACCCCGAUGAACAUAGACCAAAGGAGCUUCUGUCCUUCUUCAACUGGUUUUAUUGGUUGAUCAACCUCAGUUCAGCCGUUGUCUUCAUCAGCAUCUCAUACAUCCAGCAGUCGGUGGCCCAAAACCUGGGUUUUCUUAUUCCGUUUGUUUCUGUCCUUAUGGGACUGAUCACGAUUCACAUGGCACGUAGUGAAAUGAUUUAUCAGCCCCCGAGAGGUAGUUGCCUGUUGACAAUCUGUGGCAUAGUUGUCAAUGCACUGAAGCUGUGUUGCGUACAAUGCCGCUAUUUCAGUGGGAAUGUGGCAAACUGGCUGGACCACGCCAAGGAAAACUAUGGAGGCCGCUACACCGAAACACAAGUGGAAAACACAAAAUUGCUCAUCCGUCUCUUUCCUUUAUUUGCCUUCCAAAUCCUCUAUAGAUCAUGUCUUAUGCAGAUUCCAUCCGGAUAUUAUAUACAGACAAUGAAUUCCAAUCUGAAUCUGAAUGGAUUCCUUUUGCCAAUCGCUGCCAUGAAUUUAAUAAGCAUCUUGCCGUUUUUAAUCCUGGCACCCCUCCUGGAGUGCGUCAAUGCUUGUUUGUUGAAUGCCAAAACAAGCGGAUGGUAUCCUAUGAUCUGUAUUGGUAACACAUCUGCAACUCUUUCCAUGGUUGUUGCUGGUUUCUUUGAGCUACGUCGGAAGCAUUUCCCUCUGGUUGAACAGACACUUUCAGGAAAAACUCUCCUUGUUUCUUCCAUGCCGUGUUUCCAUCUGGCCCCACAGUAUCUCUUGCUUGGCGUAGCAGAAACUCUGGUGACCCCCACCUGUGUCUUCAUUACAUUCAGGUUUCUGCCAGGCCAAAUUCGUGGGGUUGCCAUGCAAAUAUUGACUUUCUUCAAUGGAGCUGGUUGCAUCAUGGGCGCCUUCCUUAUCCAAAUAACUUACAUUGGUUCACAAGGUGAGUGGUUUCCAAACAUUCUAAAUGAGGGUAAAUUUGAGAGAUUUUAUUUCUUCUUGGCCUCCUUAAUGAUUGUGAACACUUUAGGCUUCUGGACCACUUCACACAAAUAUAAUAAUCUGCGGGAAGACUAUGAUGAAGGAUUCAGAGGGAGCCUUCUCCAAGAGCAGCUUUUACAGCAUGAGAAAUCACUUAAAUUUUAUGAUAGCAUCCUGGUUUGUCCCUCUCCCUUAUCCCAGAUGGAGACUCUCCUGUGA